AUGCUCAGAUUUACGGCGCUGUUGCUCUGUUUCUGCUCAUCCGUCGCUGCUCUAUCCAUACUCGAUCAAAUACACUGGGUAAAUGAACCGGUACCAGUUUGUGAUACGAAAAAUUCAAAUAACUCGUAUAUCUACUGUAAUGGAACUUUACUAAUGGCCGUAAAUUUUCACGAACUAUAUAAUGACUCGAAGACUUUUGUCGAUAUGCCCAUGAGAUAUGAUCCAGGCCCAGAUUUCAGCCCUGCCGGAAGUGAAAUGAUGUCAUGCACACCAAUGGAUUGGCAUCCACAACCGGCUAAACUAAUGACAAUCGCCGAUCCACAACUACGGGAAUGGGCGCUGAAACUGAACGCGAUCUGGUUAACUCUAUGUCGAAAGGUUUGCUGA